UUAAACCCUGAGGAGAAAGAAAGAAAGAAAAAGUUCAUUGAAUACAUAUUAUUACUCUUCUAAAACUUUAUCGUUAUGUCGCCGAAUAACUUUGACGCCGGCGAAAUGCCGGAAUUCGACAUUCAAAUCAUCACAUCCGGUGGCCACCGCAUUCCGGCACAUUCUACUGUUCUGGCUUCGGCUUCAUCAGUUCUGGAGAGCAUACUAGUUCGGCCGCAGAAGAAGCGGAGCUCGGAAAAAACUAUCCGGAUUCUCGGUGUUCCCUGCGAUGCCGUUUCCGUGUUUGUUCAAUUUCUCUCUUCUUUCAAGUGUACCGAAGGGCAGAUGAAGAAACAUGGAAUUCAUCUUCUAGCACUUUCUCAUGUGUACUUGGUACCACAGCUAAAGCAGAGAUGCACAAAGGGGUUAGCUGAGCAAUUGACUAUUGAAAAUGCUGUGGAUAUGCUUCAACUUGCCAGGCUUUGUGAUGCACCUGAUCUAUAUCUGAAGUGCUUGAAAUUGAUAUCAACUAAUUUCAAGAAAGUUGAGAAGUCUGAGGGUUGGAAGUUCCUCCUAGAUCAUGAUCCUCAACUCGAACUCGAAAUUCUGCAGUUCAUGGAUGAGGCUGAUUCGAGGAAGAAGAGGACAAGAAGACAUAGAAGGGAGCAGAACUUGUAUUUACAGCUAAGCGAAGCGAUGGAUUGUAUAGAGCACAUAUGCACUGAAGGAUGCACCAGUGUAGGGCCAUGUGGUGAGGAGCCCUGCACAAAGAAGCUGCCAUGUAGCAAAUUCAAAACAUGUCAAGGCGUCCAGCUACUUAUUCGACACUUUGCUACAUGUAAACGAAGGGUGAAUGGAGGUUGUCUGCGAUGCAAAAGGAUGUGGCAGCUACUUAGAUUACAUUCGUCUAUCUGUGAUCAACCUGAUGAAUGUCGAGUUCCACUGUGCAGACAAUUCAAAGAGAAGGUGCAACGAAAGGGAGAUGAUGGGCUAUGGAAAUCACUUGUUGAGAAGGUCGUGUCGGCCAGAGCUUUGUCCUCUUUAUCUCUGCCCAAAAGGAAGAGAGAAGAGGAACCAAAAAUGAACUUACACCAUCAUCAAGUGAGAAGCUUCUUGACAACACAGUGUCACUAAAAGUUUAGAACUACUACUAUAUAAUUUGAGAAGGAAUUGAAGAUAGAAUGUUAGUAUUAUAUAUGUUCUAGUGUAGUGGCUUUCCUCUGUGUGCCAGUCUUGAGUUGGAGAAAUCCUCAUAAAUUUGGGGUAUUUCAGCAGUAGAAUUGUUAGGAAUAUUGAAUUUUGUACAUGUAGUGGAUGGUUGUCAGUUUUUAUGUUCCUCCAAUUUGCUCAAUGAUCUAGUAAACUUGUGAGGUAAUUUUUUGUUAUUGGCUUCAAUCUGUUGAAGUUUUGUUUCUUUUAUUAU